AUGUACAAAACGUUGAUCAUCGUGCACUGGAGUGUCACGAAUGAAAGUCACAAUCACACUGGUGGGCAAAUUCAGGAUAUACGAGCGGAGACAGCUAGCUUGAAGACUAACACAUUCGUGGCAGCAGAGAGCGGCUACAUCGCAAACGACGAGGGUAUCGUGCCUUCUAGAACACGCGCAUUAGCUCCUAGUCGACCUAUAGCAGAAGGUCACAAACCUCCAUGGUCAGAACCGCGGUGCAGGACUUAUCCUGACAAUAAUAUGAAACCGGACAGCGCACCAGGGCAUAUUACUAAGAGCCUCAAGCAUGUCACCCGCGAGACCAUGAGCGGCUCCUCCGAGUCUGAAUCGAAGAGCAGCGAUAUCUUGUCCUCUUCUGACACCAAUCCCAGACAACCCCAAUCAACUACGACAUCCUCACCUCCCACAUCUGUGGCACCCAGUAGCUCCCCAGCUAAAAGUACUGGCUCUCCUGUUAUCCAAUGGGGUAGCCGCGCCAACUUGGGAAAACGUCUUGUUCAAGAUUCCCAUAAGCGUUCCGCUCAGUAUGCCUUAUAUCAAAAUGGCAUGCGUGAUGAGGAUUGCGACUUGCCGACGAAGAGAUUAAAGACCUUACACACAACGUGGAACUUUACUGCCGCCUCCACCGAUGCUACAAACUACCUCAACCAGCGCAUGCUUGAGCUCUCUCGGAUAACUCGCCAGGCUAUUGCCACGAGGAUCCACUACCAACGCCUUCGCUCCCGUGAACUUGAUUUAAUAAAGUCUAUCCUCGAAGACGAAACCGAGCUGUGCCAGACACAGUUGAGUGGAGUUGACAUGCAAAUUGGCUCCAUUCGGAAUAUGCUCGAGGCUCAGGGGGUCACGGCGACAGGGAAUACAGAUUCUAGGUUUAGCCCUGGCAAUGCCAGGCUUUGGUACAGAAGCCUAUCUGAUGAAGAAUCACUUGUAAUUGCCGCAACAUCGCGUGGCAGCUCAGCCUGCCCACAGUCCGAUGACUCAGAUGUAUAA